AUGAGCGAUUCCGACCCCAAAAGCGACCGCAACGGCGCCCCCGCUGGCGCCCGUCCUGACGCGAGCAGCGCCAGCACCAGCGUCAGCGCGAACCCCAGUAUCAGCCCAAAUAAUGCCAACUCCGACAACACCUUUGCCCAAGCCCAACAGCGUCUCGCCGCCCGCCGACAAGCCCGCGAAACCGCCGCGGCCGCACAAGCUGCCGCCCAGCAAUCCGCUUCACAACUCCGCGUGCGCAUCGCCGCCUCCCAGUCCCCCUUACUCCGACGCCUCGGCGCGUCCACCCUCUCCCUGUGGGACACCAUCUCGAGUCGCGAGGGCACACGCCCGGCGUUCCGUGUGGGCCAGGUCGAUGCCGAGUUGUUAGAUGAAGAGUUGGUGGAGCUUCUGCGCGGGCAGGUGAGCGACGCGCUCAAGUACCUUGGUGGCGGUAUUGGAGGCGGAGCCGGAGGUGGCGGUGGUGGUGGUGGGAACUCGGCUCUGCGGGAUUGGGAUGCGGAGAUAUCGCUUCUCUUGAGGGCGGUUCUGUUCAAGCUGACGGUGUGGGAUCACGACGCGACAUACGGGGCGGCGCUGCAGAAUCUGAAAUAUACGGAUGCACGGAAGACGGGGCCGGCGUUGGUUGCCCCCAGCAGAUGGCAGAAGUCGCUGUAUGGGUUGAUUACGGUCGGGGGCAGAUAUGUAUGGGCGAAAUGGGAGGAUUGGUUGAUGGAACAGGACGAUGGGUUUGAAGGCCCGACUCCGACAAUCCAACGGUUGUCGAAUUGGAGCUCAACGCUAUCCACAGUCCACGCUUCCGCCGCAUUUGCCUCCUUUGUGGUGUUCCUACUCCACGGCCGGUACAGGACACUCCUAGAUCGGGUCCUGCGCAUGCGCCUAGCACCACCAACAAGCCAAGUCAGCCGCGAAGUAUCCUUCGAAUAUCUAAACCGACAGCUUGUGUGGCACGCGUUCACCGAGUUCCUCUUGUUUGUGCUACCCUUGAUUGGUAUCAACAAGUGGAGGCGAUGGCUAGCACGGACUUGGCGGAAGACGAAAAAGAUCAUGAGCACGAGCACGAGCGCGGAUGGCGCGGGAGAUGAAAAGAAGGGCGAAUUCUCGUUCCUCCCCGAACGGACAUGCGCCAUCUGCUACCAGGACCAAAACUCGGUAUCAAAUGAGAAUGACCUCAUGGCCGCUACCUCGAGUGGCGUUGUCGGAUCCGCGCAAACAGACAUCACCAACCCAUACGAAACCGUACCUUGCGGGUGUAUCUACUGCUUUGUCUGCUUGACGACAAGGAUAGAAAGGGAGGAAGGGGAAGGGUGGGGUUGUCUCCGAUGUGGCGAGCUCGUCAAGGAGUGUCGGCCGUGGAGCGGGGAUGUGCUCGAACCAGAGGCCAAAUUCCCUGCGACCAAGACUGUUGUGUUCGCUGACGAUGUCAAAACUCUACCGGAUGACGAAGACAACGAGGAAAGCAGGGACGGCGAGGAAAGGGAGCGGGCGCAGGAGCAGGAAGCUGAAGGGGAGGAAUCAGAUAUUGGAGAUGAAGAGGGCUCUCGGGUUUUAGUCGAAGAGUACCCGGAUGAAAGUGUGGAGGAGCUCCGCCCGCCGACACCGAGUAUGGGGUCUGACCAAGCAAGCGCGUCGGAGGCAUCCGGGUCGGAGGAUUAUGAGGUGGAGGAGGAUGAUUUGAAGGAGGAUAUAGAGAGUUAA